AUCAUCUCAAACGAGGCUGCGUGGGGCCGUUGUGUCCUUUAUCCCGGUGAGAAGGUAGCGGUGCGCUGACACUAACUCACCCCCUCAAGCCACCCUCCACCCUCCACCUGUUGUCCUCCGUCCCACCCAUCUCCAACUGCAAGUGGCUACCGCCCGUUAGCGCGUCUUUCCCCCUGCAUAACCCUCCAUCUCCGUGCUUCCAACAGUCCGCCUGCCUGCUCCCCGCUAUCAGCUGAGCCUCCCUAGUGACGGUCCACGAGCCGAUAAAAGUCGGGAGCGCCCUCGCUACUGUCUCUUGAAGCGCCGUCACACCACGGUACACACAUAGCCAAGGUGCCUUUGUCCGCUUGCUCAGUACAAGGCGGAAUGGAAGGGCUGAAGACAGGAAGAUGCCCCCUCGUGCUCCUAGGUGUUCUAUUUCUGCACGUCGGUUGGGUACUAGGAGACUGGGAACGCUCGUGUUCACUAGAGACAAAGAGGGAGGGACCGCGAGGUUUCUGUGGGUCGCGCCUCCCGGAUAUACUACAGCUCGUGUGUCGGGUCUACGGUGGUUACACAGAGAAGUGGUUCCGGAAGCGGAGUGACGAAGAUAGCAAAAACAGAAUAAAAGAUAUUAUCUUAGGAAAAAGGGAUGCCCUCUCCUAUCUUAGUAAACGAAGCACUAGCUCAUUCGGCGAGCAAGGAAUCACCUGCGAGUGUUGCUACCACAGGUGUACUUUAAGAGAGCUGCGGCAGUACUGCAAAUCGUCACAGUUAACUAGCGGUCGACAACCACUACACCUGGGCCGCAAAUAGCUGGACUCCCACCCAUUCCUUUAUUCCUGCCUCCCCUCCCUGCUCACUGUCUAGCCUCUUCCGGCUGCACCUUCUGCUAAGCUCCGCUGUUCACAUCCAAGACACAAGUCUCUCUGGACUCAUUGACAGUCGAUCUGUGUUAGACGUGGGAUAACACACCACAUUAUACAUUUUGUAUCCACAUAUUCAAGCAGAUGAUGAUUAACCAGAUGAUGUUUGACAACCCAGUGCUUCUGAUUAUUUUGCUAAAGGUGCUUGAAAUUCCUGUGAACGAUGGUAGCACCUGCGACUCGGUGAUGUGGCAAAACGCCAUUGUGUUUGUGUGUGGCUAAUACUUGACCCAACUUCUUGAAGGCAAAAUGAAGGCAAUUUGUUGCGUAUUAUUAAGUAAUGGAUGUGUGCGGAGGUUGCUCAAGCGCACCACAGAAGAUAAGACUUGGAUUUAUGGUGACUUUACGAUUGGUUUGGACAGAGGAAUAUAGUCAGUGGCAUUAUACAUUGGUGACAGUGACAAUUGGUGAAGCAAUGCUGUACAUGUCAAACGUACAAGAUCAGAAUCGCGGUUGAUUUUAAUUCUAAUUUGAAACCCAUCCUUAAAUUUAGUAAGACAUUUAGAUCUUUGCUUCUUACGGUGAUCAGCAUGUGAUGAUCAUGCAAAAGAGGCCAAACAUCAUCCCUAGUGCACUUCUGAUCUUGCCUCUUUGCGAAACACUAAUACGUUGUGAUGAAUAUCAUGUCACGUGGUACGGAGCGCACAGGGACAGGAUCCCGAAGGAAACAUUUGUUUCAUUACAUGAGUUUGUUAAUACUAUAAGGGUAACGCUAUUUUUCAGGGCAUUAUCAUUUGCAGAAGCCCGAGGUCUUCCAUUAACGGCCCGACGAAGGAGGGCAGUUGAAAAGACCGAGGGCUUCUGCAAAUAAUAAUGCCCGGAAAAAAAGUGUUACCGUUAUUAUAGCUAAACUGGAUGGAAUUUGUUAUCAAAUAAAAAAGAAACAACAAUAUCGGUUUUGAAACAUUUACUGCAAUCAACACGAAUGCCACUGACCCACUUUUACAAAUAUGGAAACGUCAUAGAACAAAUCAGAUGACGUCACUAUUCAACGUGACGUCACCUAUCCCAAUCCUAUGUCGUCACCUAAGAACGGGCGUGAUAAUGGCCCGUCGUCAAGCGAUAUGAGGGCAUUAUCAAGUUACAGUGGCCCGCUGAUUUCUGAUAACAUGCGGGCGGUUUAAUGAUAAUUCUAUCCAUUUUAGCUAUAAUAACGUGUAUCCUGUUAGGUUGAAACCAUUAAGUGCCAUCCGUGUGCAUCAAACAUUCGUUGCCCGUUGUCCAACAGCCUUUAUCAUUGCUAGAGAGUUUAUGCAAACUAUACGCUGUUUUAAAUUUCUUUAAUACUAUUCUUUCGCUCAUCGUAAUUAUUUUUUUUCUAAAAGUCUACUUUAUUGUACGUGUAAUCAGGUGGCAUUACGCCGGGCAGAGAUAAAAGACAUAAGAUCAAAGCAUUGCUAUCCUUAGUUUAAUGCAGAUAUUGAUUUCAAGACAGAAACGUGAAUUAAUAACUCAGCAAAUUCUUUUUUAAGAAUUUACACGGGAAUACAUUGAGGUUGCUUAUAAUUUUUGCAGGUAUUUUUAUCUGAAUAUCUACGGUAAUAUAAAAAAAAUUAAGUACUCACGAGAAGUAAUGUUAUUCACGGUAAAGUAUCCAGAAAUGGCUUAAAUGACACUGAAGAGGCUUAAGACUCGCUUCAAAGCAUAUGAAGUAUCCAGUCGUCAUCGGGGAAACGUGUCUUACUUACUUCAAAGCCAGUGGGGCGUUUUUCUUCGCCAACAGCAUAAAGAACGUUGUCAAGAACGAGAAACGUGUCCCUGUUUCUUGUCAUGCAAUAUAUAUGUACACAAGUUUGAAUAGGUUGUCACUAAUGUGCUCUGAUUGUACACGACAUGUAGCAUGAAACCUGAUAGCUCUGAAAAGAAGUUCGUGAAGCAAAAAUGUUUGGUGUAUUUUGUCAGUCAGAAAAUAACACAUUGUUUACGUUUCGACCUUUCUGUAACAUUUGUCAUUGUUUUGGUUAACAUUGCAACAACGUGUCCAUUAAAGAGACAUGAAUAGAUUUACACAAUAUGAAUGACAUGUUUUAUGAGACCAUAGGAAAGAUAUUAAAUAUUUAGAAGUCAUAAGUCAUCUCGUGAUGUGAAUAUUGUUAUUACGGUAACCUCAGAGAUGGUAGAUCGGUUAUUUUAAUCUUUUAUUGUACGUUUGUACAUUUGUACAUUUGUUUUCAAUUGUGAGCAGGCACGGUCGUUGGUUUGCCACCUUUCUUUUAUUUAGUCAUUGUAUUCAACAAUUCACUCAGACAUACUAUUCCAUGUAUUUUUAUGUUUGUACGGACCGUGCUGUCUCAAUGUGCUGCUCAUGCGAUGUUAAAAUGACGUGGUAUCGGAACAGGGAUGCAGGAUGUCACAUGGCGAGCACGAGGUGACGGGGUGUUACAUGGCGAGCACGAGGUGACGGGGUGUUAUAUAGCGACCACCAGGUGGCGGGUUGUUACAUGGCGACCACAGGUGACGGGGUGUUACAUGGCGACCACAGGUGACGGGGUGUUACAUAGCGACCACCUGGUGGCGGGGUGUUACAUGCGACCACAGGUGACGGGGUGUUACAUAGCGACCACAGGUGACGGGGUGUUACAUGGCGACCACAGGUGACGGGGUGUUACAUGGCGAGCACGAGGUGACGGGGUGUUACAUAGCGACCACCAGGUGGCGGGGUGUUACAUGGCGACCACAGGUGACGGGGUGUUACAUGGCGACCACAGGUGACGGGUUGUUACAUGGCGACCACAGGUGACGGGGUGUUACAUGGCGACCACAGGUGACGAGGUGUUACAUGCGACCACAGGUGACGGGGUGAUGAUGCGACCACAGGUGACGGGGUGUUACAUGGCGACCACCAUGUGGCGGGGUGUUACAUGGCGACCACAGGUGACGGGAUGUUACAUGGCGACCACCAUGUGGCGGGGUGUUACAUGGCGACCACAGGUGACGGGGUGUUACAUAGCGACCACCAUGUGGCGGGGUGUUACAUGGCGACAGCCAAGUGGCGGGGUGUGACAUGCGACCACAGGUGACGGGGUGUGACAUGCGACCACAGGUGACGAGGUGUUACAUUGCAACCACCAGGGGGCGGGGUGUUACAUUGCGACCACCAGGGGGCGGGAUGUUACAAGGUGACCACCAUGGGGAAGGGUGUUACAUGGCGACCACAAGGGGGCAGGAAGUUCCAUGGCGACCACCAGAGGGCAGGGUGUUAAGUGGCGACCACCAUGGCACAGUAUAUUACGUGGAAAUGUUACUUAACUACUACAACUUAGCCGUGCAUUACAUAACGACAACCAGGUGUCGGGUUGUUACAUAACGACCGCCAGGUGGUGAAAUGUUACUUUGUGUUAUUUUAUUAUGGCGACAUCGAAAUUUUUAUGGAGACCACCAGGUGGCGGGGUGUUACAUGACGACCACCAGGUGGCGGGUUGUUACCUAACGAUCACCCAGUAGGGGAAUGUUAUUUUGUGUUAUAUGAGUGUCACAUGGAGACAUCCAUGAGGCCUAGAUUUUAGAUGGCGACCACCAGGUAGCGGAACGUUAGGGGCCAACGUAUGGGUAACGGACCGUAACAUGACGACCUUUAGGAGGGAGCACCGUAACAUGCCAACUGCUUGGUGGUGAAACGUUACACAUCGUCUUCAGGGUGGCGAGCCUUAACAUGACAGUUGGAUGACAGACCGCAACAUGCUGACUUCUCUGUAACGAACCGUGACAUGCCGACUUAUGACGUGGUGCACCGUAACAUGCUGUCCCCGGGGUGGGGCACACCUUACAUGCUGUCCGCGGGGUGGGGCACCGUGACAUGCUGUCCGCUUGUUGGAACGCACUGUAACAUGAUGUCUGCUGGGUGGGGGACACUGUAACAUACCGACUUCUUGGUGGAAGGCCGUGACUGCCGACUUGGAAUACGUCUUGAAACAAGGCCUUAUUUACAUGUCCACAUGCAGUUUUCAUGUCCGUAUAAAUGUCAUAUUUUAAUUAGUAGAUGCAUCAUUUCAAUUCCUCUCAAACAUUAAUACCAGGAAAAGUACUGGGGCAGAAAUAAUUAGGCAUUUGGGUGUUCAAGUUAUUGCCAAUCUGGCUGCAGUUUGGGUUACAGCGGGGAAAACGGACACACCUUCCGGAGAUAAUAGGAGCAUACACUACGAGACUGCUAUACCCCAUCUGUCCCAUGCACGCUCUUGUACCCCUCCCCAGACACCUUCACUUUAAAUAUCUUCUCCGACCACCUUCACACCACCCCUUCUUUCUCCCUCCCCUCCCUUCUUUCUCCCUCCCCUCCCCUCCCCUCCCCUCCCCAACCACCGCACGCCAUGUUUCGCCUGCGUCCACCUCUGUCUGCUUGAACGGGAGGAGUUGGUUUUGGGUCGUGGUGGGAAUAAACAGUAAACAUCA